CUCUCUCUCGCUCCAUCUCCCCGUCCCUUUACCUCUCUCUUUCUCUCCCUCCCUUGCAGCUCUGCCACCAAAGUGGCGCACAUCGACGACGAUGCCUCCCUUUGAGGAUGCUCCUAAUUUCUAAGCAGGUUGAGUGACAAGCCCGCUCCCCGAGCGCUGCCAUGAUCGCCACGGGCGGACUGCUGCGCAUGAACCGGCGCCAGGACUCCCUGCGCUCCAAGAACCGCGCUGAAAACAAGAAGAAGCGGAAAUCAAAGAAGAAGAAGAAAAAUGACGUGGUGGUAGUGAAGGGCAAGCUCAACCUCUGCUCACCCGCUGGCCUGGUUGCGGCCGUUGGGCUGAUGGUCCUCAUGGUGGGCAUCUCCAUGGCCGUACUAGGGUACUGGCCGAGCCAGAAUCAGCAGCAAUACCAAGAGCACGGACGGACGGGGGUACACUACGGCACAAUGAGUUACUCACAAAGCCCCAACGCGUCCUCCAACGAGAGCCGAGCUCCCCCCAACCUCAACCCGCUGAACCAGAGCCACUCCAACGGCAGCGACUUGGCUCCGUCUCCCAACCACUGCGGCUUCCUGUGUGACUUCCUCGACAACUACCUGUACUCCGACAACCUCAAAGUCUUCGGACCGUUGGUGAUGGGCAUCGGAAUUUUCCUCUUCAUCUGCGCCAAUGCCGUCCUUCACGAGAACCGCGACAAGAAAACCAAAAUCAUCAACCUGAGAGACAUCUACUCCACGGUUAUAGACCUGCAUAGUGUCCGUUCCAAGGAGUACUCACCUCUCAAUGGUUUGGUAAACUACACUCAGUCCAAGAGCGCAGAGGGUCCAUCGGGGGGCCACCAUGCAGGCCGCAGUUCCUGGCCUUCCUCCGCCGCAUUGGACAGCGACGAGGUAUUCCGGCGUCCGUCGCGUAGCUGGUCCAGGGAAGUCCAGACUUUCACAGACACAGUGUACAGCAUCUACAAGGACUACAGCAAUGGCAGCGAAGAGGCCCCCCAACCCCGCCAGUGGGACCCCACCUCCAUUGUCGCCUCCUCGGUAAAUGCCUUCACCCUCCCGGUCAUCAAGCUCAACAACUACGAGGCGGAAGAAGACGUGGUCAUUGAGGUGGGGAAUGACCACGAGGAGGCACAGGGCGAUGAAGAAAAGACGAGUCCUUUGCCCGAGGACGUACCUGCCGCUGAGCCGCCCCAGUUGUUCCCGCCCUCCCCAGUUGUGAAGGCGAUGGGGUCACGCCUGUCCCUCAACUCGCUAACGGACCCGCCGAAGUCAGCACGCCGUUGCAGCCUGUCGGUGAGCGUGUGCCACCAGAGCGAGCGGGGCAGGCGCUUCAGCUGCCCUCGUCUGGAGCGCUCCAACAGUAAGGGCUACAUUAAACUCAGCGACCUCGGGAGCGAAUCCUUCGACGCGCCGGACACUUCUUUAGGGGGCGACGGCAAGCAGGAAGUAGCAGCGACGGAUACGGCGACAGCCGUGGAGGAGGACGCUCAGGGAGACAAAGGACAGGCGACACCAAGCACUUCUGCAGAAUCCUAAAGGGAAUCUUGGGAAACUCUUAUAAGCCCCUUUCACACUGUUAACCACCACUCGGCAUUUAUGACUGGCUUUCAGACAGUGGGAUAUUAUCAUAUCCACAUAGCCACCGUAGGUUCACACAUCCAGAUUACUAGGUGCGCGGUCAGCAUCAGACGGGUACAACUGCUUUCAACACAAAAGGAGCGUUGCCAGUGGGUCUCGGGCAUUGAUCCUUAUACACAAGUGGCUUUAUACCUCUGAUGCGAGGUAAUUCUAAGCUACAGUUGAACUCUGGUCCUCGAGGGCCACUAUCCUUCAUGUUUUUGUUGUUUCUCCUACAACACCACACCUGAGUCAAAUGAUCAGGAUUGAUAUCAGGCUCCUGAUCGUUUGACACAGAUGUGAUAGAGAAGCGAAAAUCUAAAACAUGUAGGAUAGUGGUCCUCGAGAACCACUUGUGUUCUCAGCCCUUAAAACUCAUAAGCCACUUUCACACCGCCCCAACCGUGGGAUACUACAUCAAAAGCCGUAGAUGGGCAGUGUUUUAAGGAGUUUUUGACACAAAGUCGCGGUCCCAGCUUUGCACUCAUCCCUGAGACCAGGUCUUAAAAUGGCAAAUUCACUGGUGGACAUCCCACAUAUGUACCUUAUACGCAGGACAGUGGGAAAAUGCCUGCAUGGAUGGCCAAUGUGAAAGGGGCUACAGUCUGUCUUUGCUUCAUAUGUUCCGGAAGCGAGAUACGACAUCGCCAUGAAGACUCAAAGGGCAAGGAGCCUCAAAGGGCAAGGAGCCUCCUUUUCCGCACACAACACAGCUCAACCGUUCAAGAUGUGAGUUUUCUAUUUUUUCAAUGUAGCAAGAGCAAUACUAAUGAUUGUUGAACGGAUUUGUAAAAGAAAAGCAGGAUUGGAUUUUAGCUUCUAUUUUGGUAUAGUGGUUGAGGUGGGUAAAAACUGUAGCUUGUUAGAAGUGUAGAUCUGACUGGAAGGAAACUGAAGCACCUGUAGCAUCAAACUUUAAAAGUCUACACUUGUCAUGAAGAAACUCAGGUAGACGUUUGAUUUAGGAGCCGACGUGGACCUCCAUGAGGGGAUGACGUUUUCUCUGCACACUAUACUACAUGGUGGACAAACUUUUGAACUUCUACUACAAUCCCCGCUGACCCACCACCUUCAGCCCUGCUUUCCCGAACACUGUAGGCGUCCUGUUGUGCACAAGCGAAUGCAAAGUAGAUUGUUUGCGCCAAAUAGUUUCACUUGCAUCAUGGAAAACCAUUAAAAGAUAACAAAACAA